AAUUUAACACAAUUAAAUUUAGCUUGAUUCCCUUUUUAGUUGAUGUCAUUUGUCUUCUCAAAGAGUUGUGUCCAUGCAAAAGAUGUAUUGAGUAGUUUGUUUGACCUUAAAGCUGAGAAAAGCUUUUGUGAUGUUAUCCUUGUUGUGGGUAAACUAGAGAUCUAUGCACAUCGAGUAGUCCUAGCAACCACUAGCACCUACUUCAAAGCUCUGUUUGAUGACGGCUUUCUUGAGAAAAACAGCUUCAGAAUAGAACUAUACGAUGUGGACGGAGAAGCAGUGAACACUCUGAUUAACUUCAUCUACACUGGACAGUUCGAGAUUACCAUGAACAAUGCCAAGUCACUGUUAGCGGUAUCAGACAUGCUACAUCUAUUGGACGCUAAGGAAGCGUGUUGCGAGUUUAUGACACACAACUUGUCAACAGAGAAUUGUUUAGAAAUCAUGUUGUUCAGUGAUCGACACUCCUGUCUUAGCUUAAAAACUGCUGCUGUCAGAUGGGGAGAAGAGCACUUCAGUGAACUUGUAGAAAGUAGAAGAUACUUAAUGUUACCUGCUGAUGCACUCGUCUCUUUCCUCUCCUCUGAUAGACUAAACGCAGUGUGCGAGAGUCAGGUUUACAAGUGUGUAUCAGAGUGGGCAGAUGAUAAGGUAGAUGAGAACGGUGUUCUGUCUGCACUAAUGCUGCAGUGUCUGGAUACUCUGCUCGACUGUAUUCGCUUCCCUAGAUUACCUGUACCUUUCCUUGUUGAGACUGCCUCUAGCAAUAAGGUUUUAUUGCAAAGUUCCAAAUUUCGUUUCCUCCUGGACAAAACUAAGACACUUCACCUGAUGAUAAACUGUUGUCCAGGGUACGAUACGGAGAAAUACAGCUUACCACAGAAGCCCAGAGUUGGUUGUUACACUAACAUAGUGUAUAUUAUUGGUGGUGAUGAAAAACAUCAGAAACUCGAGAUGUACGACCCAUCAGGCCUCCAAUCACAAGAACUUACAGACCUACCCUCGUGUAAGAUUGCAGCUGCAGUAGCUAAACUAGGCCGGUAUAUCUACGUAGUGGGUGGCAGGAAUAGAGACGGUUUGGUGCUGAGUAGUGUUUUGAAGUUCUGUACUUACAAUAAUACUUGGGCUACUGCUAGUAAGAUUAACGAGUGUAGGGCUAGUGGUGCUGCUGCCGUACUGGAUGAUAGUUUGUACGUGUGCGGCGGGUAUAAUGGCUACAUAACCCUCUCCUCUGUUGAAGUUCUCUCUAAGGAUGGGUUGUCAUGGAAACAGCUCCCACCUAUGAACCAUCGUAGAAGUGACUUUGGUCUCCUACCUAUCAAAGACAGGUUGUGGGCAGUAGGAGGGUAUGACGAGUGUAACGGAGCUCCGCACUGCGUGGAGUCCUACAACGUGAUAACCAAACAGUGGAGUGUAGUUUCACCACUGUUCACUAAGAGAGCUGGUAUCAGCUGCUGUGUGUUGGAUCAUCUUAUCUACGUUGUGUCUCAUAACACACUUGAGAGAUAUAAUACUCAGAAUAACACGUGGGUAGAGAUAAGCAAGAAGGAGCUACUCUCCCUGAACGACUGUACUUGUGUUGGCAUUGGGGGUCAUCUUUAUAUCUUUGGGGGAACUGAGAAGCUCAACUCUGUUGACAAGGUGUUCAGAUACGAUGUUCACAGUGACACUUGGGAUGAAGUUCCUGCAAUGAUACACUCUCGGGCUAAAUGCUCGGUUAUCAACGUGUAACGUGACGCCACGUGAUGUGUGACGUCAUGACACGUGGUGCGUGACGUCACGAAACUUGGUUAAAUUAUAAUUUUUGUUACGAUGUACGAUAUUAAUGCUUGGGGAGAUAGAAUGAUUUAUGUUUCGUGGCAAAUAUUGUCUUGUAUUAAUUAAUUAACAACAGUCCUUGAAGCAUGUUCCGGACCGUUUUUCAAAACUCCUUUAAAUCUCGGUUUUUUUCAUAAAUUAUUUUAUAAACAUCCGACAGAACAGAAAACAUUUUAACUUUUAAGUCUCAUAGUAGACUUGUUUUAAAAUAUCUUAUAUUAUUUUAUUUCCUGUAAAUAUUAAGUUAUACUUAUAUGGCGUUAUGCCGAUUUUACUUAAACUAUACCAAAUAUUUGUAUUUUAAACAGAACAAAAACUACAAUUUUAAUGUAAAAAUCUUUAUUUGUUUUAAUGUAGAUUAUUCUUUAAAAAUCUUUAUAAAUGUUUUAAAACGAUUUUAUCAACAAAACUGAGUAAGGACAGUGAAACAACAACUCAGUUCCGUAUUUCUGACGUAGUUAUAUUUAGUUGAUAGCGAUGAAACUUAUAAUGCUUUUGGACACGAAGGGAAACACACAACGUAAGUCUUGAAAUCUUCGUUGAUACUUAACUGGCUGAAAUAAUUGAUUAAUUUCACAUUAACUGAAUAACUAACUCCGAGUAAAGUUAACUGAAACAGUUCUAAGUUUCACUUUAUUUUGAUAUUAAACUAAAGGUGAUUAUCAUGGCACCAUUCUAUAAACAUGCCACGUUUUAUUUUCUUACAUUCUCAAAGAUAAACUAAUAUAUAUUUUAACUAGAUGACUUUUAAUGUAUUUGUUAAGUAAGGCUUUUGUCGACCUUUGCUAUUUAUUGAUCAAUUAUCAUCUUCAUUUACCAUAUUUCUAUAGAUUUAACACGCAUACGGUAGAAUGAUAUCCUGGUAACGUGUCUCUUAUAAACUUGUUAUGUUAACUUGUUAUGAUCUAGAAAGUUCUAAAUAUAGUUAUUAUUUUAACUGCAUCGAAUGAUAUAAUGUUCAAACGAGAUUAUGAGGGUUUCUCUUGGCUUAAAAAUAUGGAAGUAUUAAAUAAAAUAUAGUCAAUUCAUGAUUAAAUCAUGUGUUUACAUUAUUUUCCCAAAAGUUAAAUCUACAC